AUGUGUCCUAAGCAAUUGUGGGUAACGAGUUCACGGAAUCAAGGGGAAGCGCCCUUGGAAACAAUGGCUAUCCGGACACAAAGUGAGUCGGUAGAGACUGCGGCUCAGUCAUCAACGCCACAAGAGGAAGUACAACAACGAAAGAAAUAUAACAUGCCAGCGGGAUUUUGUCAAUAUGUGGCGGAGAUGCAGAGAAAUAAAAGCGCUUUAAACAAAUUAAAAGUGACGACCAUGGACAACGGGUAUCGAUACGAAAUGCAAGGCGACCAAAAGGGAAGCGAAGAAGAAACACUCCGACUUUUGCGUCAUAAUUACAAUCUGCUACCUGCCGAAAGAAAGUUUGCGCUGGAAUUGAAAUACCGCAGUCAAAAAAGUUCAUCAAAACGACUACGUAUGGAGGCGACAGAAGGCAGACUGGCUCCGGUUGAUGUAGAAGAGAUCGGAAAAUACGCGCACAGAAGCAAUCCAUCAGAGCUUGUAUUUGCAAGCCAUACUGAGCACAAAAUGUUUAUGACUAAACUGAAUCUGUACGAUGAAAGCUAUCCAUUCUGUGACUUUUUCGGCUCGGAGUUUAACGAAGGGAAGAAAUUUGACGGAUUGCCAAAAUUGACGCUUGUACAUUUGCUGGCAUAUCCACAUGCCGUGUUGUAUGCAUGUCACUUUUGUCUACAUGCUUUCACUACAUCAGACUUGCUGAAUGUUCACGAAUGCAAGGAAUUUCGAGACUGGAAAAACGCACAAGAGUCACUUCAACCGCCUGAGAUGGUGGAAGCUCGAGUAUUCGUGUGUUGUACCGAUUGCGGAAAGUACCUUCGUUGUCGAUCGAGUGAAAUCGAAAGUCUUCAAGAAUUUGUCGAAGGACAUUUGGUGAAUCGAAUCGUUACAAUUGUGGUUAACUUCGCUGGACACACGCCAAACAAGAAUCCAGAAGUUAUGUUCAAGACUGUGCCAUCGUUUGCAAGGCAAUUCAGUAGUUCCUGUUCGCAAUGUGGGACCGAGCCAUUCACUUCUCCAGAAGAAGCUGUAGCUCAUUUUUCGGAUAUCAACAGACAUCCUGACACUCAGCAGAAAAAAUGUCAUAAAUGCAAAAGGCCAUUACCAUUUGGCAUCAAUAAAAGUGAACAUCUCUUGAAAUGUUACCAAAUUUGCGAUGAGCGCACGAAAAACUCGAUUUUGUUGGCAGAUUGGCUUUCAACAACCGCGCCGCUUUUGUGGGAUGGAGCCGUGCAAUGCGAAAUGGACGGAUCUCGUAUGCUUCAAAAUCUUGAAAAAGUGUCUCAAGAAUAUGCGGACCGUGAGCAGUCGCUAACUAUUGAACGAAUGCAAGCAGGGGAGAGGAGGGAACAAGAGGAACUAUUUAGAUUUCAAACUCAGCUGGGGAUACCCGAAGAGACUCCUAGACACGGUGUAUGGGCGCAAAACUGCGAGCGGUCGGUUGACCUGAGCGUUUACGGAAUUGGUGGCAAUGUGGCCGAUAAAGAUUUCAAAACUAUCCGGCUCGUCUGUGGAGAGGAGCGCGCAGCAACGAUGCUUAAAGAGCAUAUCGCACGAUUUCAGGAGGACGUCAUUUUAAAUAGCAGCUUCCACAAUAAAGUGCCUGCUGAGGAGUGCCUCGGAAAAUUGUAUCUAUGUUUGGGUUGCUACUACUUUGUGCACGGAGAAAUUGCUUUGGCAAAUCAUCUGACAACUUGCCAACCCAAUGAAGAUCCGCGUGAUUCCGUAAAAGUUUUCACAGUACAUAUGCUUGAAAUCCAAAACAUGACGAGACAGGCGUAUCAUUGCUUUCAAUGCAGCUUCUACGGAUGCUCUUUGCUUCCACUUCGAGUUCAUCUUGCCACGAGGCAUCAAAUCGGAACGAAUGUUUUGCUUGAAAAAGGAGAAAGCUCAAAGGUUCGACCGACGGUUGGCAUGCAAUUCGAUCAGACGCUUGGACUCGUUAAUGGAAAAUUGCCUUGUCAAUCACCGUAUGAAACCUCUAAUCCUACUAUGGCUUUCCAACUCGAGACGCUUGUACUCUCUGAAUCGUUAGAUGAAGCAAUGGGGAAUUUAAAGGAAAAGAUAAACUCCACAUCAGCAGCGAGAUCCGAAGAACCCAUGCAAACAACGCCUAUGGAUACAUCUAUGAUCGAAGAGAUAAAUGUAGCAACCGAAAUCCAGGAGAACUUGCCGGAAGAAUUGGAACCACAAGAAGUCAUUCCAGCAACACGGUCAAAUCCAGAUAAUGAGCAAACAAGAAUUGCUGCAAACAACGAAGAAACGCUGGUAGAAAAAGCAUCCGAGGCGCCCUUUCCAGAGGACGAUCCAGUAAUUUCAACAGAGCCAAAUCCUAAUACAAACGAUGUGACAACCACGGAAAAGACGCCAGAAGAUACAACUUCUCCACGAGAAGAACCAGCGCCCAUUCAGACGGAGUCAAAUUUGGAUAUUGUUAUAGCCAAACCGAAGAAUGUUACAACUGAUGAUAUCCAGAGCACAUCGUUACGCACUGAAUCUGACGGAACUUUAGCCAAAAAUCAAACGGAAUCGCGACAAAUAGAGGACGAAUUGAUUAUAGAUCCUACCGAGGAAGUACAAAGUGUUCUGAAACGAAGAAUGUCAAUCGCUGUCAAUUUGACGUCGUUAUUGCAAGAACCGAUUCGAGAAGAAACAAAUUAUGUGGGGGCCAAAGAUAAAUCUUCAAGUGCUAAGGACGCGGAUGAUGACGAUAUAAUCCUUGUGGAUGUUCCUCAAUUAAAAGAAACCAUUUCAAAGCAAAUACAAUUAAACAUCGAUUGGAUGGCGGUAGCACCACCACAGUUAGCGUUGAAUAUGGCAUGCCGC